AUGUAAUACGGUAUAAAGGGGGAAGAUUUGACAAGAUCUAAAAUUGAAAUCCUUGAGGACUUGACGAGAGAAUCAGUUGAAUCUUUAGAUAGCUUAUUGCCUCAAUUCCAUUGUGACAACUUUCAGCAAUUGGAAAUUGAGAGGAGAGUUGUGGCCUAUUUAAGAGUGUUGGGAGUGAAAUUUAAGACAGACCCCACACAAAAAGAACAAGAGUUUUAUGAGUACCCGAAGAAAGAUGGCAUAAUUUUUUAAUAGGUAAUUGGAGAAUCCCCCAUGAUUAACAAUAUAUAAAUUAUAAAAGUUGGGACGGAUCAAAGUAAUACCAAAAGUGAUUCAGAAAAAUUUUUAAGUCCGUUUAUUCUGGGAAAAUAACGAUCGUUUGAAAUCUGA